CCCGAAACUUGCGCGCAGAUUAGUAACACAAAUUCCCGAGAUUGUCCUUCUUCCGUUGUGUCCUUUUUUCGUACAAGACACCAUGACUGCUCAACUCGCUCAGCCUAUCUCGUCCCGUCUUUCCGUAACGGAGACUGCGACAGAUCCCGUUGUAACAGCAGCGGAAGCUGAAGCUACUGUUGCAGCAUCGCAUUCGGAACGACGAUGGUCCGAAGACUCGACGUCGUCUUCCAGUAGUUCUUCCUCUCUUCAACCCGCGUUGAAAAGCUGCUUGUCCAGCACCAAUCUUUCCUCCCUCGCGCCUUUAAAAAUGAAGCGCAACGUAUCUUUCCACGCCAUUGAAAUCCGUACUUACGUGCCGGAUUCGGCGAGUACUACGGGACGCAAGAGUCCGUUGCCAACGGAACCCGAUCGACGUCUUUCGAUCGACGAUUACGAAGCCGGAGUGCGACCCGGAGUCUCUCUUCCGCAGUCAUCCUCACGAGGGCAGCAACGAGCCACGAUUGUCAACAAAAACAACAAUAACGCUACACCGGCGUGGUUGGAAAAGGCCGGGCGCCGAUUCAAAAAGCUGCUGGGCGGAGGACGCAAGCCCCGCAACAAGGCUUCCAAGAAGGAGAACACUCCCCCUUCUGUAUCACAACCCCAGCGCUACGAUGUCUCCAAACGUCCCGUGCUGGAGGAUUGCACAACCUCCAGUCUUCGCAAAGUCCAGUCGUUAACGGAUCUGGAUCAGCUCGAGUGGGAGUCGGAUUCCUCUACCUCGGACGAAGAAUCCGGAGACAACAGUACCGGGAGCAACACCGCUAGCAACUCUUCCACUACUUCUAUCGAGUCUCCCCCCUCGUCACCGCUAUCUUCGGCGACACGCGCCAAGUCACGCUUUGGAACGAAUGAAGAGCGUUCGAAAGGACUAGCCGCCACUACUCCGAGUACCGUAAGCAGUGCCACUGCUCCUCUCAACCAUUCUUUGCCACGUGUUUCGAGCGCUUCUUGCAACGACCUGACCAGCCUCGUCUCACAACAUCAGUACCCAUCUACAAUUUUGGAAGAAUUCCCGAGCUCCAACAGCCUCGCUUCGCUAGUGGAAACCAAGACGCCAAUUUCUCCGGCCAAGGUGGAGUCCCAGUCUCUUUUGCAAAAUGAAUCGCCGGUCACGAGCAUGUCGAAUUUAGUCUCUCCGGCCAAUGAUCCUGCCUGGGCUUUGAAUUUCACCAACGACGAUAGUGAUUCACAAUCAGAAGAUUCGGCCCUUUGCUUUUAAAUUGCGAUAAUCGCAGUGUACAAAACUAUACUAUAGUGUAUUCUUGGACUACUUU